AGCAAGUCCAAGUUAUCUCCAACUGGUGCGGGGUUGAUGGCCCCCGGAAACUUUUACCCUAUCGGGAACUCACGAUAUCCAUGGCUAUAUUCCAUACUAAAGAAUCCCCGGAGUCUUGAUGUCUGACGAAGCCCAAUUGAGCUGAUGACUUCGUAGUGUCAGUCCUGUUUUCAUCUUUCUGUUCUACAAAGAUAAGUAUAAUGAGUAUAAUAAACGAGAAUUCUCCUGAUAGUAUUCACAUAACGGCCGGCCCAUUUACAUGCUUAUCCAUACACAUAUUCUCCACCUAUCCACACCAUAACACAUCAAGAGAAGGUGAAUCAAUCACUCCCUCUCCUUUGCCCCUGCUGGUUAUCCUGCGACGUCGCCUCCAGAAUAUCGCUGUCGUACCGCGGAUCGAGCUUGUUGAGCAAUUUGUUCGAAUGAGGUUUCGAUGUAGAUGGGGCAGUAGUGUUAGCUCCCGGACCAGAAAAUCGAGGCUGGCUAGCAGAGUCUUCGGGAUCGGUUUCGUUCUGGUCAAUGGGUUCGACGUUCUUCGCAUCGAGGAAGUCGCGGCCAACGGGGGGUUGAUCAGUCAUGUUGUGGUUGAUCGGAUGUUGACGUAUGCGGUGUAUUGUAGGCUUGGAACACCAGAUACAAAGGGAGUUUGUAUGUUGAGGAUUAAGGAUUUGAUGAUGGCUAUCCUAUCCGAUUUGGGUUGAGUGGACAAUUAUAGUUGUGUUCAUUGGAAUACGUCAUCGAGAUAUCAUAGCGGUACGUCGGGAUGACGCGGCUGUCGGCAAACACGAAACAGCAAUAAUUGUGUGCGUCAGAAUAAUCCAAAGGAGGUGAAUAUAAUAAGGUAUCGAAGGCUGU